UUUUAAUGUACGAACAAGAACUUCCAUCAAAUUUAGAUGACUUUCCUAAUUACAAUCUUAAGUAAUCUGCUGAAUCUGAGAAAGUGAUUGUAGAUGAUGAUCAAAAGAAAAAAGCAGCUUAUCAAUUUAUGCAAUCCUUAGAAAAAAAUCUUAGAACUAAAAUAAGUAGUCCUCAAUAAAGAAUAUAAACAAUAGCUGUAUCACUUGAAUUGUAUGAUACAAUUUUCAAUAAAAUUUAUUGCAAUACUCUUUAUAAGGUAAAGAAUAUAUGAAAUUUAAAAAAGGAAACUCUUUUCCCAUUAGCUGAAACUUUAGAAGAAGCUUUCAAUGAUGAAUUUGAUUCAAUAACCAAAUUACUGUAUAAUGAAAGUUGUUACAGACAUAUAUUCUAAAGUGUACAAUAACAAUUCAAUUUGUAAACUUCAAUCGAGUCAUGGCAAAAUUAUUAAUUGCUUUUUGUUGCACUAUAAUAAAAGUAUACUAAAUGCUGAAUUAGGCAAAAUAUUGAUCUUCCUCUACCACCAAGUUGGAUUUGGGACAUUUUAGAUGAGUAUGUCUAUCAAUUCUAUGUGUCUUCCAGAUGGAGAAAAUUACUUAAGAAUGAUGAAAAAGCUAAUUUGAAUAACAUCUAAGAUUUUUGGAAUCUAGAAGAUAUGCUAAAAACAUUAGAAACAUUUUAUAAUUAAAGAAAUACUUCAUUCUAAACUACAUUCUAAUAUUUAGCCUAUUAUUCUUAUUUAGCUGCAGCAAAACUACAUGUUAUGUCUGGCAAUUUCACAACAGGAUAUUCUAUUUUAUCAUCUAUUUAACAUUCUGAUUUAAUUAUAUAUAGUAAAUCUGGUGGAGCCUAUUAAUCAUUAUUUAGUUACACUGGAUUCUGUUUCUUAUUAAAUAAAGAAUAUAAAAAAGCUAAUCUUACCUUAACAUUAAUUGUUAAUUACUUCAAUAAAUAUAAAUAGUUAUAUACAAAAUCCUAUCAAUAUGAUAGUUUAAUCAAAUAACAUGAAAAAAUAUUAGCAUUGUUAGCAGUUACAUCCUUAUUUUAUCCUGAAAUUGAAGAUAAUAUUAUUACACUCUUAAAAGAAAGUAGAAAUAAAUUAUUUGAAAAAUAUGAAAAAAUGUUGAAAUAUGAUCAAUAAAUCAUUGGAGAAGUCUUCUUAUAAUCUUGUCCUAAAAUUAUCAACACUAUCAAGAAUAUCAAUGAAUUUCAUACUGAACAAGAACUUAAUCCUAAUGACUUAAUCAUUGAUGUUAAAGAUAAAUUACUCAAAGAAGUAUAAGAGGCCAAGAAAAUUAACGAUGUUGAACAAGUUUUAGGUCUUUAUAAUUAAAUCACUUUUUAACAUUUUAAUAAAGUAAAUUCAUUAUUUAAUAUUAUUUAAGUUGCUUCCUGAAAAAUAUAUCUAAUUAUAUAUUGAUAGAAAUAAUGUUGCUUUAAGUGACAAUCCUUUUGAAUCAACUAUUCUUAGUAAAUUUUUGUAAAAAUCGAAAUUGCUCGAUAUUGAAGUUUAAAGUGAUAUUAUUUAUGUCAAAGAAGUUCCAGUUAACUAAGUAUAAUUAAUUCAUUAUUUUUUUAGAGAGAUUUCAUUAAUUAAUUAGCUUAGAUGAAUGCAAAUCUUGAGAAAAGCAUUUUUGAGUUAAGUAAGAGUUUAUGAUAUUUGCUG